AUGCUUUCGAGCCCCAUCCGGCUCUUCCUCCCGCUGGCGGUAGUCGCCACCGUAUUGUUCGGUGUCUCGGCCGACCCCGAGUGGUGGCUCGUGCCGCCGAUCGACUGCCAAGUCGGGCCCUGGGGCGACUUCAGCGGCUGCUCCGCCGCCUACUCCACGGUCAAGACCCGGCGCCGCAACGUCGUGGUCUGGCCGCUGUUCGGCGGGGCGCCGUGCCCUGCACUGGAGGAGUCGCAGCCCUGCGUGCGCGUCGACUGCCAGGUCGGACCCUGGAGCGCCUACACGUGCAACCCUUUCACGGGCUGGAAGACGCGCUCGCGGGUGGUCACGGUCCCGCCGCAGGACGGAGGCGCCGCCUGCCCCGCGCUCUCCCAGAGCGUACCGUGCGACCCCAUCAACUGCGUCGUGAGUGACUGGACGCCGUGGAGCACGUGCCUGCUCAAGGUCAAGUCCCGGGCGAGAACAGUGCAGACGUUCCCGCUGUACGGCGGCUCGGCGUGUCCGUCGCUGGUGGAAGUUCAGGCUUGCGUCCCCGUGGACUGCGCGGUGGGGACCUGGAGUGCGUUCAAGAUCCUGGGCACGAUCAAGACUCGCUCCCGUGAAGUCACGUGCCAGCCAGACGGCGGGUUGCCGUGUCCUCCGCUCGUCGAGCAGGUUCCGUGCAAUCCGGUGGACUGUGUCGUGAGUCCGUGGGUCUGGAGUGGAGUGUGUGACCCCACGACAAAGCUCCGAGGACGGACGAGAACUAUCACUACUCAGCCUCAGGACGGGGGCAAGGACUGCCCUGCUCUUCAAGAGACUGUGACGUGUGUGGACUGCGUGGUGAGCUCCUGGACCGACUUCUCCGUCUGCAACCCGCUGACGGGCACCAAGACGCGUUCCAGGACGGUGGUCACUGCGGCGGCUAACGGCGGAGCUGAUUGUCCAGCGCUGGUGGACACUGUCCCGUGUGAUCCUGUUCCCUGUGUGGUGGGGAAUUGGACGCCGUGGGGAUCCUGCGACCCGAAGACGCUGCAGCGCCAACGCGCUCGCGUCGUGGUGACGACUCCGUGCUACGGAGGCGCCGCCUGCCCGCCGCUCGUCGACACCCAAGCGUGCGUUCCUCAAGACUGCGCAGUCAGCGAUUGGAGCCCGUUCGAGUUCUUCGUCAAGGACACGGACGGUCUCAAGUACAAGCGCCGCUCGCGGUCGGUGAUCCGAGCGUGCGACGGCGGAGCGGCGUGUCCGCCUCUGGUGGAGGAGGUGCAAUACCAGCCCGUGGACUGCCAAGUGAGCAAGUGGGUCUGGGACGAUAACGGAGCUGGCGCGUGUCCUCCCGGGAACCAACGAAGACGUACUCGCACAGUUGUGACGCAGCCGAAGGACGGCGGAGCGGCUUGUCCCGCCCUCGUGGAGUUAGUGGCUUGUGGAGAUUGCCAAGUGAGCGCCUGGAGCCUCUUUGGAGCUUGUGACGCUGCCACUGUAACUCGCAAACGGACUCGGACUAUUACUCUGCAACCGGUGGGUGACGGCGCUGCGUGUCCUGUGCUCGAGGAUCGAGCUCCGUGCGAACCGGAACCGUGCCAAGUGAGUGACUGGAGUUCGUGGGAGUCUUGCACGGCCUCGAGUGUUCGUCAGCGCACGCGAACCAUCGUGAGCCCAGCCAAGUACGGCGGCACAGUGUGCCCGCCUCUUGUGGAGAAGCAGAACUGCAACCCGACCGACUGCCAAGUGAGCCCGUGGGGGCCCUACGAACUCCGUGGGGCCACAAAAUGCCGCCGUAGAACUGUUCUACGCGAAGCUGACGGGGGUAAAUCGUGUCCAGCUCUGAAGGAGACGACGAUGUGCAAGAAGGUGGAUUGCGUAGUGGGCGAGUGGGGCCCCUACUCGGCUUGCGAUCCUGUGACGAAGCAGCGCUCCCGUUCUCGCGUAGUCUUGACGUCUCCUCAGGACGGAGGUGCUGCAUGUCCAGCCUUGGUUGAGGCGGUAGCCUGUGCUCCCGUGGCCUGCCAAGUCAGCGACUGGGGCUCGUGGAGUGAAUGCUCCAAGACGAGCGGUAAGCGGACACGCCGGCGGACUGUGACGACGCCUUGCGCCCACGGAGGCGCCGAGUGCCCCACUCUCAUUCAAGAGGAAGACUGCCAACCCGUGGACUGCAAGGUGAGCGACUGGACCGCGUGGAGUGGAUGCAACGCGACCACCAAAACCCGCUCACGUCGCUGCUCCGUUAUCACUCCGGCGAGUUUCGGAGGCGCGGCGUGCCCCAAGCUCGAAGAAGUGCAAGCGUGCGUGCCCGUCGACUGCAGCGUCAGCUCCUGGUCCCCGUUCACGCCCUGCGACGGCGACGAACAGAAAGAGCGACGCUUCCGGACUGUGUUACAGCAACCCGAUGGUGGCGCUGUGUGUCCCCCGCUGAUGGAGGAGAGGCCAGCGCCGAAGGUGGACUGCGUUGUGAGUGACUGGAGCGACUGGGGCGUUUGUGACCCCAGUCUUCUUGUGCGCGUGCACAACCGGUCGGUCAUCACCCAGCCCAAGAAUGGAGGGAAGUGCUGCCCGGCGCUCCAAGACUCGCAGUCUUGCUGUCCUAAGCGCGUGAACUGCGAAGUGGGGGACUGGUCGGACUACUCAACGUGCGACCCAGCGUCGCGCACUCAGACUCGCACUCGCAAUGUGACUCAAGCUGCAGGACCUGGCGGGAGGGCGUGUCCAGAUCUCCAGCAAACCCGCAGUUGUAACCCGACCGUUGACUGCCGCGUUGGCGACUGGAGCGAGUGGAGCUGCUGUUCCAGUCGCAAAUUCACUCGAACACGCACGCGUCCGGUGCUCACUCCACGAUCGGGCAAAGGCGCCGAGUGCCCUUCGCUUGAAGAGACUCAAAACUGCAGGCCAGUAGACUGCUCGGUGGGCGACUGGGGGGAGUGGGGAACCUGUGAUCCUAACACUAACACCAAGACUCGGUCGCGGCGAGUACUCCAAAAGGAUGACGGCGGGAAAUCGUGUCCAGCGUUGACGGAGACGAAACCAUGCAGUAGCAACGUCGACUGUGAAGUUUCCUGCUGGGGGGACUACGGAGCUUGUGACGAAGCCACUUGGACGCAGACCAAGUCUCGAGCCAUUCUCGUUCUGCCGAAAGGCAAUGGAAAGGCGUGUCCGCCGCUCACUCGGACGGAUCCGUGUCCUCCGAGGAACUGCAAAGUAAGUGGCUGGUCUGAAUUUGGCUCGUGUGAUGCCAAUGGGAAGCGGAAGCGGACUCGCCAGUGUGAAGAAACGCCGCGCGGGGGAGGAACGUUGUGCCCACCGCUCGAGGAAGUGACGGAGUGCAAGGCAGUAAACUGCGGCGUGACCGUGUGGGGGCCUUGGAGCGACUGCGAUGCUGCCUCCAACACCCAAACGAGGUCUCGAACGGUCCGAGUACAGCCGUCACACGGGGGCAAGGCUUGUCCGCCACUCACGCAGACUCGGAGCUGCCAGAAGUGCCUUGUGAGCGACUGGGGGGACUGGUCGCUUUGCACAGCAGACACGCCGACGCGAUCGCGUACGCGCGCCGUUGUCCAGCAGCCGCCGCCUCCGUCUACCUGCGGCAACUCUGAAAUGGACGAGAUCGCCGCAGAAUUGUUGUGUCCUGUGCUGAAGGACGAGCAGCCGUGCGAGGCCAUCAACUGCACGGUGAGCGACUGGGGUGACUGGAGCGACUGCUAUGCGGACGACUACGGAUACGUCAAGACUCGGAACCGCACUGUCGUACAGCCAGCAGUGCGUGGCGGUGAGGAGUGCCCCGACUUGACUGAGACUGCGGUUUGUCCCCCGGUGGAUUGCUCUGUUGGGAACUGGUCGGACUGGACUUCGUGUGGACUGAAUAAUGCCACCACGACUCGAUCUCGUCCAGUGCUCGUCCCUGCUGCUUACGGAGGCGCCGAGUGCCCGUGGUUGAGCGAGUCGUUGGACUGCCCGUCCAUUGACUGCAUUCUCAGCGACUGGGAUGACUGGAGUGUGUGUACAGACUACACGCCGACUCAAACUCGCGAGCGCUCCAUAGUUCAGAAUGCGGUUCGAGGUGGUGCCGAGUGUGACGUACUAGAACAGACCCGGGCGUGCCCACCGGUCAACUGCGAACUCAGUGCUUGGAGCUCGUGGGAGUCUUGCAACGCAAAGGCAGGAACCAAACGGCGGACGCGUGAAGUGGCACGAUCUCCUCAGAGGAACGGCACAGCCUGUGACGCGCUCGAGGACUUGGCGCCGUGUGAUCCGGUGGAUUGCGUUGUGGACCAGGAUUGGGGCGACUGGAGCGCGUGCGAUCAUACCUGCGGCAAGCGCUUCAAGCACCGGUCCAUCCUGCAGCAGCCUCUGUAUGGCGGUGCUGUUUGUGCCCCGCUUGUGUCAGAAGGACCGUGCGAGCCUGUAAACUGCGCGGUGUCUGCCUGGAGUGACUGGAGCGACUGCAACGCCACCACAGGCAACCGGACGCAGACCCGAACCGUGACCCAGAAACCACUGUACGGUGGAUUGGCGUGUCCUCCUCUCGUUCAGCAAAAACCCUGUGACCCGAUCUGCUGUGCAGUGAGCGAGUGGUCGGAGUGGACGUCGUGCGAUACGGACGACUCGCAUCAGCACCGCUAUCGGAAUGUGACGCAGCGGCCGCUCUAUGGGGGCAAUCCGUGUCCCGAACUCACGCAGGACGUACCGUGCGCUCCGAUCAAUUGUGCGGUGGGUCCUUGGAGCGACUACGGACUCUGCAACGCCACUACCGGCCUGCGUACGCGCACGUGUUUAGUGACCCAGACUCCACGACACGGAGGCACGGAGUGUCCUCCUCUCAAUGAAACGAUAGCGUGUGAUCCAGUGGACUGCAAGGUGAGCGACUGGGGCGACCACGGGGCGUGUGACGCCGUGACGUUCAAGAAGACGAAGACUCGCACUAUCGUCCAAAAGCCGCUGUACAACGGCGCAGCUUGCCCCGAUCUGUCGAACGACGUGCUGUGUGAUCCAAUUCACUGUGUGGUAAGUCCUUGGGGCUCGUGGGAGAGCUGCAACGGUACUUCGCAGACCAAGACUCACAGACGCACAGUCACCACGCAACCGAAGUACGGAGGAGACAAAUGCCCCGCACUCGAAGAAUCAGCGUCCUGCGACCCGGUGAACUGUGUCAUGGGCCCAUGGUCCGACUGGAGCGUCUGCAAGAGCGACGGAAGCGACACCAGCUCCGUUCGAACUCGAUCGAUCGUCCAGCCAGCGCUGUAUGGAGGCUUGGCGUGUGGAUCCACCCGCGAAGAAGUUCCGUGUGGUGCCGUGAACUGCGCAGUGGGCAACUGGACGAGCUGGUCAACGUGCGACUCGAGCUGUGGCAAGAAGUCGCGCACGGGUCAAGUCACGCAACGCGCUUUAUACGGCGGAACUGCGUGCGAGGCGCUGGAAGAGAUCGCUAGCUGCGACCCCGUGCAUUGUGCAGUGGGGGACUGGGACGCGACGUGGUCGGCGUGCGACCCGCUCUCAGGACGACGGACGCUAACUCGGUCGGUACUGCAAGUUCCGCUCUACGGAGGUACGAGCUGCCCCGAAACUGUACAAACCAAGUCGUGUGAUCCAGUGGACUGCCAGGUGGACGACUGGGACGAUUGGGGCCCGUGCAACGCAACCACAGGGAACAAGACACGGUCAAGACUCGUGAAGCAGGUCGAUUUGUACGGCGGAUGCAGGUGCCCCGAGCUCACACAGGAAGCGCCUUGCGAUCCGGUGCCGUGCGUUGUUGGGAUCUUCAGCGACUGGACUAAUUGCACAGACGCGGAUGCCACCAGGUCGCGCACUCGACAGAUCACGCAGAACCCGCUAUACGGUGGCAAGGCUUGUGAGCCGCUUACGGAGACGAUCCCUUGUCCUCCUGUGGACUGCGCGCUCGACACGUGGGGGCCCUGGAGUGCCUACGACCCACUCACGGGCGUUCGGAUGAGAACUCGAGCAGUUCUUCAGCACUCGGUUCGUGGCGGUUUGGCUUGUGGCAGGACCAGCGAGAACGAGACAGCGAUGCCCGUCAACUGCCAGGUGAGCAACUGGACCGAGUACGGGCCGUGCAACGACGUCGCCGGGGUGAAGACUCGGUCUCGUCAGAUCGACGUUGCUCCGCUGUACGGUGGACUCGUGUGCCCCGAUCUCUUCCAGAACGCAACGUGCGAUCCUGUCAACUGCGUGGUGAGCGAUUGGAGUGUCUGGGGCGCCUGCGAUACGAGCACCGGGAACAAGACGCGACACCGUGAUAUCCUGCAGCAGGCCAAAUACAAUGGCGCCGCUUGUCCUGAACUAACGGACUCAGCGCCAUGCGACCGCGUGGACUGCGUCAUGAACGAGUACGGGCCGUGGACAUCCUGUGACCCCGUGUCUGGCAGCAAGACGAGGACGCGGACGAUUCAAGUCGCGCCGAUGUAUGGAGGAAGUGCGUGCCCCAACGCGACAGAGCAAGGCUUCUGCGAGCCCAUUGACUGCAAACUCAGCGACUGGAGCGCCUUUGGAGCCUGCAACGCCACCUCUGGACUCAAGAUGCGCACGCGCACAGUGGCGACGCAGCCGCUUUACGGCGGUGCGGCGUGUUUGCCCCUAUCGGAGGCUGCAGCUUGUGACCCCGUCAACUGCGAGGUUGGGUCCUGGGGCUCGUGGUCAGCGUGCGACGCUUCCACUUCAUCAUGGACUCGUACGCGGAACGUCACGAUUGCGCCGCUCUACGGCGGACUGGAGUGCCCCAAUCUGACGGAGACGGCCUCGUGCACUGUGGCAACGCCAGUGAAUUGCGUAGUCAGCGACUGGUCCGCCUGGACCAAGUGCACUUCGAGCACUGGUACACGAUCUCGGACGCGCAAGGUGGUGACUAAAGCGAGCAACGGCGGCACAGCCUGUCCGGCACUAACCGAGAAAGGAUCGUGCCGCGGCCUGGAGUGCACAAUGGGGGAAUGGAGCGACUGGAUGACUGGAUGCGACGACAACGGCCUGCAGACGCGCACGCGGGUGAUCCUGGACGAUCCGUACGACUGCGACGACUGGUGUCCUGAGACGAUCGAUUACCGCACGUGCGACUACAGCGAGGACACUUAUGACUACGCGCCGCCCGAGGAGACCGGCGAAGUCUACGUCGACGGUCAAGUUGUUGCGCUGGAAGCGAAGGCGUUCUGA